GCUCAAUGUGUCUGGUGAUGUGAGCGUUAGACCGUAGGACGUAAACAUCAGGUCUGAUUAAUCUCAAUACAGCUCUUUUAUUCUAUUAUGAUUACCCAUACCAAUUAAUCCUGGAUGUGUAGCAAUUGGAGACGUCCACCCUCAGGUCCAGAACUAGUAUCACCGCCAAUGAGUGUACAUAGCGCGGAGAUAGGGACGGCUGCCUUCACGGACGAUAGAAAUCGAGAAACUCUUGUCCCAGGAUCACACUUAAGGGUCAGAAUAGAUCGACCCGAUAAGCAAGGCUACUAUGAAACCGUGGCGUUACUUGAUUCGGGCUCAUCUGGGCAUUGCCCGAAUUGCGUUUCGAAGCGAUUUCUACACGAAGACCUUGGAAUUAUCAAUUCUGAUAUUCUGAAAGAUACUGCAACUGUUGGAGUACUACGCGGAAAUACUUCCACCUGUGGUAGAAUCACACUCAAAAUUUGGCCGAUCACUGUUGACCGUUACACGCGUCUUUCUCAACAAGAACGACCCGUUAGAUUAGAUUUCCAUGUAAUCGAUGACAGCGAGACAGAAGCAAACUUCGGCGACAUCCUCUUCGGGCAGAAUUUUAUCGACUACAUGAACCAACAAGGAAUAUUUUUUAACGCAGCAACCUACUCUUUCGUUGCUAGGGAACAGACAGGAGCACAACGAAUGUCAUUUGAGGCAGUACGCGCACGUAGGGAACAAAUGAGACGAGAGGCAGCAAAUCGAAGUAGCGUAUUUCAAAACGGACCUCAUAACGAUAUACUGACGGCGAGUGUCGUAUACCAAACUCAACCACCAACCGUGGCAGAACUACCUUCAACCCCUGUUCGACAGAGGAAUGAUACUAUAAGUAGUAAAGUAUCGCGGUGGCUGUUAUCAUUAGAAGGGGCGCGAAAGAAGCCAUAA